AUGGCUUAUGGAAUCUCCAGGCCGCCGCCGGCCCUCCGAUGGCAGAGCUUGGCCCAGGCCCAGGCAGACACACGUCCGCACCCGGCGGCACGGAAUGCACAGAAAAUCGGUGCAGGCAAAGACGUUCGCAGAGGAACUCAAUCUGUUCUGGUACAGAGAAUAGCUCUGAGCACAUGCUGUUCGUGCCUUCUGCGCAGAGGCAUGCGCCGUGCCUGCAGUUCGCAACCGGGCAAAGCCGCAGCCGGGGAAUCUUCUGGAGAGGAAGGUGAUGGUGCUCAGGGCAGUGCUUCCAGAACUCCGAAUGACAGGGACGUGGAUCCUGAGUUUACAAGACAGUUUAAUGCGUACAUUUCAGCUUAUUUCUUACCUCACCGCAGGCUGUGGCGCUGGUGUCGUCCGAGACUGGCAGGACUUCUGCCACAGACCUCGAAGCAGAGGCCAAGUGCUCUUCAGCGGAGCAUGGCUACGCUUGGGUACCUUCUUCCUUUGGCAGGAGCUUUGCGCUUAUUGACGCCAGCAUUUGCACGUGGCGGUGCAGCAGCGAGUCUGUGGAGCUUUCUCAUGGUUCUGACGGCACCCGUGUCUUCACCGCUGGGGGCGCUCACAGCAGCGAGCUGGCUUGUGUGUGGAAUUACCGACACGCACGCCGUCCCGUCGAGCUUUGUUAGAAGCCACUUCCGGCAGGCGCUCCUGCUGGCUUCUUUGUCUGCUCUGCUUGCAUUUCAAGAACGCACGGGUUUCUCUCCAGAAGCCGCGACUGGCUUGGAAGGGCCAGUGCCGCUUGUGAUUUCUGCGAUGCGGAGUGGCUUGCUAGGUGCACUGAUGCUGGUGUGGCUUGUCUCCGUCUUGUUCUGCCUACUUGGCAGAUACUCAGGUGCGCAGAGUAGGAAGAGCUGA